AUGGCCUGUCCAAUGCCGUCGUCAAAGCCCAGAAAUCCCAAAGUCGAAGGUGAAGCCCAUGGACUGAAGACCAUGCGCGUCUUGAAAGAUCCGAGCGAGAUCGAGACUCUCCUGGCGGCUGUCACGCAGGCGGCGGCGGCGGUCUCCAGCACUCCGGCUCGCGAGAUGUCCCUGGCGUCGGCGAAACAAGAGCAGAAAGUUGGACGAGGGAGCCAGCAGAUCGCGCUCUCUCGGUCGGUCCAAGUCUUGGCGUGCAAUGAGAAGGGUAAAGGUGGUUCGCAGACGGGAGGACAGCGUUGUUGGUGA